GAUGCAAAUCCAGCCAAGCACGCGCCCAGCUACCAAGACGGGAAAAGCUGCUGUUCUCAGACUGUUCCACGACAAAAGAAUAUCUUGACUCGAGGUUCUUCAGCACCAGUAGAUGAGAAACGUGCUUCUACUCUCUUUCUGAUUGGCUGAUAAUGCCCGAAUUGGAUUUGACAAGCCAGGCGCAGUCCUUGGCGGGGAUUCCAAGACUCGGCGCCAAGUCCGCUCCUCCAUGGUAUACGGAGCGGGAGUAUACCCAGUGGCCAAUGUCGGAUGGGCAUGAAGACACGAUGGUCGUGCUGUCUGUUCUUAUUCGAGAAGUGAGCUGAGAGGUGGUGAACUCUAUUGAUCAACUACCGUGCAGGAUGACUUGGCGGGGAGGAUGUGCGAGAAAUGUCCGUUCGAUCUAUAUAACGUGCUGAGUUCGCUUGUAUUUCAUCGAGUCAUCCAUCUUUUCUUCCUCACUAUUAGCCAUAAUGAUUCCGGCAAUCACGGCCAAAUACGACUGGAUCCUGGCCUUGACCAGCAUUGCCUUUGUGGUCAGUGCCUUUGGCAACGGGGCCAACGAUGUCGCCAACUCGUAUGCCACGUCGGUGGCUGCCCGCACUCUGAACAUGUACCAGGUCGGAGCACUGGCGUCCAUCACUGAGUUCGUUGGAGCUGUUGCAUUAGGUGCACGAGUCACCGAUACCAUCAAAGACGGCAUCAUCAACAUCGACAAGUUUCACGGAAACCCUGGGACGCUGAUGCUGGCCAUGGGGUGUGCUGAAGUGGGGAGUGCCAGCUGGCUGAUGCUGGCCACAACGUGGGGAUGGCCGGUAUCAACGACACAGACUACGAUCGGUGCGCUGGUUGGUGUUGGCUUUGCAGUGCAGACGAGUAUACACUGGGAAUGGACCAAGGGAAGUGUCUCCCAGACGGCAGCAUCGUGGGGAAUUGCUCCGUUGAUUGCGGCUGGUUUCUCCUCCAUCAUCUUUGCCACAGUCAAGUACUCUGUCUUGGAACGAAAAGACUCGUUCAAAUGGGCGAUGCGUCUUAUCCCCGUCUACCUCGCCACUACCGGUGCCAUUCUUGCCCUCUUCAUCGUCGUCGAAGCCCCUACUGCUCCAUCGUUGGAGGAAUUCGGUGCCAGAAAGGCAGUUGGAAUCGUCCUGGGUGUAUUUGCGGGUUGUCUCGUUGUCGCUAUCGUCUUCUUCAUGCCAUACUUCCAUCGCCGUCUCGUCAAACAAGACCCCCGUGUCAAGUUCUACCAUGUUCCUCUCGGUCCGCUGUUGCUUAAGGAUGACUGCCGCCUCUACUUCCCCGGCAAAGGUGACAACUUCGUCACAAACUACUACGAAGACGCCUAUGGCGAAGUACGAGCCGGACAAAAGCAAGCACAAGACAACGCCAUCAACGCCCAAACAACCGAGAAAGCACCUACAGACACCGACAUCGAGCGAAACCCUGCCUCCGUCGAAUCCACACCCCGUAUCCAACCGCAGCGCAAACACCUCGAGCCAAACGAGCGCUUCCUCGAUCCCGUCCGUGAUCUCCCCUGGCACAAUCCCCUCAAAGCAUGGGGCUAUAUCAAGUACAUUCUGCUACAAGGCGUAGCCCGCGACGUCGUCACCCACGACUCAGCACACCUCCGCGCCAUCCACGCCCGCGCAAACCGAUACGACGACCGCGUCGAACACCUCUGGACAUACUGCCAAGUCGUUUCCGCCAUGAUGAUGUCCAUCGCGCACGGGUCCAACGACGUCUCCAACGCCGUCGGUCCCUGGGCAGCCGUGUAUAGCACCUUUCGCGCGGGCAAAGUCGACACCGACUCCCCCACCCCCGUCUGGUUCCUCGUCAUCGCAGGUCUCCUGCUGGGUACUGGAUUCUGGUUCUACGGAUACAAGAUCAUGAGGGCGAUGGGCAACAAGAUCACACAGAUGUCACCCACACGAGGAUUUGCGACCGAGUUGGGCGCUGCUAUUACCGUCUUGCUGGCGUCGAGAUUGGGACUGCCGGUGUCUACGACACAGUGUCUGACGGGUGCUGCGUUGGGAGUUGCGCUGAUGAAUUAUGAUCUUGGUGCGGUGAAUUGGAGACAGAUUGGGUUCAUCUUUCUGGGAUGGGUGUUGACGUUGCCUUGUGCUGGGUUGAUUGCGGGAUUGUUGUGUCUGAUGGCGUUGAAUACGCCGCAUUUCUAGCUUAUCUGAUUUAAUGUAUUGUAAAUACUUCCUUAGACUUGAAUGAAGAUAGAUGGGUAUACCUCUAUAUUAAUGGCUGGAUAACUAGGUGUGUUGUUGCCUGAAGACCACUGCUG